AGUGGUGUGAGUGAGCAAAAAGUGUGGAAAAUAAAAGGUACAAAAGAUGUAUAUCGGUCACUGCUGAGCGUGAGUGUUUAAGCCCCAUAGCUUGUUGUGUUGUGUUGGGACAAGCCGAGCCACUAACUGCGCCAGCUGGGAUAAUCAACUGCGCUCAAAGAACAUGGACCAGAUAUUGCUCACACUGGAAAGGCCUGUUAUCUGCUGCUGAACCUGAAGAGAAUCCAGACCUGCGAUGAAGUGCACCAAUAACUUCAAGGAUACCACCUCAUCAUGGUUCGGCCUCUACACAUCCAGUCUAUUCCUAUUAUAAUGGGGCCAACAGAACUGACCAGCCUAACUUCCCCACCUCCUCUGAGCUCAUCAACAGGCACAGCAGCAGUCCCAAAAGCUGGCUUUGUCAAUGGAGGAGUAGAAGUGUGAGGGCAUGCAGCAGGUCCAAGGGUUGGAGAAGCAGGUGGAUUUCUCAGACUUGGGCCCGGUGGGGUCCGUGAUGAAGACUCUUCCAUAUGGCAUGGGUGGUGGCGCAGCAGGGGGAACGACAGGGGGAGUAGUUAAGCCACCAUACCAAACACGCAUCUUCUCCACUUCCAUCGACCAGACACCCAUGAAAUCCAAGCCUCCCACCUACAGUUUCUUUAAUCCCUACGACCCAUCCCGGAACCAGUCCCUACUUCUUGACCAGACAGGAUACCGCUCCAAGCGCAAGCCCUCUCUAAAGACCGCCAUGAAGACCAAGAAGAUCUUCGGUUGGGGGGACUUCUACUUCAACGUCAAGACCAUGAAGUUCAGCUUGUUGGUCACGGGAAAGAUUGUGGACCACAUCAACGGGACGUUUACCGUUUACUUCCGCCACAACUCAUCCAGCCUGGGGAACGUGUCGGUCAGCAUUGUGCCGCCAACUAAAGUGGUGGAGUUUGAGGUCCUCCAGCAGCAGCAGCUUCACCCUCACACCCAGCAGGAAGUCCAGAUUCAGAAUAACCAUCAGUCCACCAUCGACCCCAAAGAAACAAAGACCUUUAACUGUCGGGUGGAGUACGAGAAAACCAACAGAUCCAAGAAGCCCAAACCCUGCCUGUAUGACCCGUCUCAGACCUGCUUCACAGAGCACACCCAGUCCCAUGCCGCCUGGCUCUGUGCCAAACCCUUCAAGGUGAUCUGUAUCUUCAUCUCUUUCUUUAGCAUCGACUACAAGCUAGUUCAGAAAGUGUGUCCGGACUACAACUUCCAAAGCGAGCACCCUUACUUUGGAUAAGUGUGUGAGACUGAACUGAUAAGGGCAAAAGAAGAGACUAUAUUAAUGACUACAAUGAUGAUUAUUAUAAUGGAAAUGAUAGUCAUAUUGAUUACAAAGAAGAAGCAGGGGACAGUUUUUCGCCUCUGAACUGCUGUGAAUUGUGGAUUUAAAUCAAGUAUAAUCAGAGUUAAGGAUGGUUAGAAUAUUGCAGAUUUUUCUGACUUACUUUCCUACUUUGUAUUUGUUUCCCUCUGUUUUAAUUUAAUUUUUCUUUCUGUAAAUAUUGUACUCAACCUCAGCACUCCUACAGUUUUUAGAUAUUUGUUUCUUAGUGUUAUUACUUUUUUGCAUUUGAGGGACUUGGUUGAAAACAGCUGGGAUCAGAGCUAUGCGCUCUGAGGUGACUGUGCCCUGCCACUACUGUAUGGCAGACCUAAUGUUCUGGUAGACUGACUGUUAAUCAUCCUCUCAGCUCUACGUUGCAAACCCUGGAUAUAAGAGAGUUAUAUGUAUGAGAAAUGCUAUGCUGGAUAUGCAUACAAUAUACUGUAUGAAAAAGCACAUUAAAAUCUCUUAAACUGUC